GCUAUGGCGUACCAGGAAGGGGAGUCGCUUGAAUCAUGGCUCAAUAAAGCCACCCAUCCGACAAACAGACAGGAGGACUGGGAGUACAUCAUAGGCUUCUGUGAUCAGAUCAACAAGGAACUGGAAGGUCCUCAGAUAGCCGUCACACUGCUCGUCCACAAAAUCCACUCACCACAAGAAUGGGAAGCACUUCAGGCUCUGACAGUAUUGGAGGCAUGUAUGAAGAACUGCGGGAGAAGGUUUCAUAAUGAGGUCGGAAAGUACAGAUUUUUGAACGAGCUGAUCAAAGUUGUGUCUCCAAAGUACAUGGGCGACAGUGCGCCUGAGAAGGUGAAGAUGAAGAUUGUAGAAAUGCUGUACAGCUGGACUGUUGCUUUUCCCAGUGAGGCCAAGAUCAGUGAAGCCUACCAGACACUGAGAAGACAAGGGCUUGUAACAUGUGACCCAGAGUUACCGCUGGACAGGACUCUGAUCCCAUCUCCUCCGACACGACCCAAACACCCUGUGUUUGACAAUGAGGACAUGGGCAAGCUGCUUGCUGAGCUUCUCCGGAGCAAAAAUCCAGAAGACCUCCAGGAAGCCAAUAGGUUGAUCAAAAACAUGGUGAAAGAGGAUGAGGCCCGCGUGCACAAGGUUUCGAAGCGUAUAAACACACUGGAGGAGGUAACCAUCAAUGUCAAGUUGCUGACUGAGAUGCUCUCCCAUUACAAUAAAGACAGCUCCUCUGACUCAGACAAGGAGAUCCUUAAGGAACUGUACCAGCGGUGUGACAAGCUGAGGCGUGCUGCUUUCAAAAUGGCCACUGAGGCCGAGGACAAUGACACCAGUUUAGGUGACAUCCUACAGGCCAAUGAUGACCUCUCCAAAGUCAUCAACUCCUAUAAGAAGAUUGUCGAGGGGCAGCCGAUCAAUGGUGACAGUGAAGAGCCUCAAUCCACAACUGAGAGCGACACCACAGACACACUGAUCGACCUCGCCGGCCUCGACACGCCUAGCCCUCCUCAACCUGCCGCCCCUCCCUCACUGUGCUCAAAUCCCAUCUCCACAAGUCUCACGGCUUCCCCCAUCCCUGUCCUGCCUCCUCCACCUAAACGCUUGGGCGGCUCCCACGGCAGUCAGGGCAGCAGCCCGAGUCACCUUCCCCUCGACAAGGCCUCCACUGCGCUCUCUCUCCUUGAUGAUGAGCUGCUGUCUCUAGGACUGAAUGACCCCCCUACCUCUCUGAGCAGCCAAUCAAAACCCAAGUUGAACGAAGUGUCCAAUCAGUGGAGCUCCAUGCAGCUUGCAGUCUCCUCAUCUCCUCUGCAGGCCCCGGCAUCAAAUGUGGAUAUGUUUGGGAGUGUAGCUUGUCCAGCUCCAGUGGUCCCCCCAGCUGAACCAGCCAUCGCCAUACACAGUCUCCAAAACCUACAAGACCUUGCUAUGAUGGGCUUUUCAGAUCCCAAGAGUUUGUCCAGUCAGAUGACGAUGGGAAGCAGCUUUGGGAUGCCUGCAGCAGCACCUCCUCUUGUGCCUGGGCAGGGCUCUCCCUCCUCAGCCUCUCUUCUCCAGGGCACAAUGACCGGCUCCCCUGCUCUGUCCCAAGCCAAGGCUCAGAGCCUGGGCUCAGCCCCAGGCAGCCCACUGUUCCGCUCUCUGUCCCCCUGCCACCCUCCCCUCCAGGGCAGCCCGGCCAGAACAACAGACAUCUCCCUGAGCAAUGUGAAUGUCCCUCUGGAGGCCAUCAGACCGAGUAAAGUGUUACCUGUGACGGCCUACGAUAAGGACGGUGUCAGGGUGCUGCUCAACUUUGCGUCUGACUGUCCCCCUGGCAGGCCUGACGUUUUGGUCAUGGUGGUGUCCACGCUCAACACAGCGCCACUCGCUGUUCACAAUGUGGUACUGCAAGCUGCUGUGCCUAAGUCCAUGAAGGUGAAGCUGCAGACUCCAUCAGGAACAGAACUGCCACCAUUUAACCCCCUCCUACCUCCAGCCUCCAUUACUCAGAUCAUGUUGCUGGCUAAUCCAUUAAAGGAGAAGGUGCGCCUACGCUACAAGCUGGAUUUCACAUUAGGAGUUCGCCCAUGUAACGAGGUCGGAGAGGUUGACCAGUUCCCCCCAUCAGAGACGUGGGGUCAUCUAUAGCAGCGUGUAGGUCUGCCACCACUCAGCAGGGACAGACCGGUUCGUACUCCAUGAAGGGGUGUGUGUAGUCAGCUGCAUCCCAGAGUGAGUUGCAGGGGGAGGCGGGAAACUUCAGCUGAGUCAUUACAGCAACAAUAACUUGACUUUUCAGCUUUACAUUCCUGAUUUUUUUUUUUUCAUUCUUAUUAUUUGCAAUGAUGCUAACAGCAGACACUAAAAGUUCUAUUUAUACAGUGGUUGUAUACUUUUCUGCAGAGAGCUAACAAACUAAAGACUGGCUUUAGACUGGCAUGAUGCGUUGCAGCAUAACAAAAUAUUUUAGGAUAAAUAAACCUCUUUUAUUUAUUCCUCUGGUUGAGCUUUUUACCCAGCCUACAGACAACAUACUUGAAUAUUUCCAGAGAUUUUGAAAUAUGUGGAUUCAUAAAGAUUUCUUAAGAUGGAGUUGAAGUGGAAAAUUUAAAUCUGUUAAAUUCAAAAAGUACUGUCAUGUAUUCAUUAAUGCAGGAAGAUAGUCGACUGUUUCAUGUGUUUAUUGCGUGACUGUUUUAGUCAUCAGGAUUUUUGUCAUGGUUACGUACACUAGCUAAUGUGGCCGUUUUAGAUUAGUGGACCAACAAUGUUGAAUAUUGUGCUGGUAAGGCAAGAAAGAUGGCACUUUAGGUGGUAAAUACCAAUUAUUGAUACUGAAUGUCUACUGAGUCCAACACUGGUUUUAUUUUGUGAUUGUUUUUUUCCCUUUUGAAAUGAAGUGUUGUGUCCACGUUGUCAGAAUUUCAGUUUUUAGUUAUAGUUUUCGUUCUGUAUUUUUUUUUAGUUAAUUCUUCCACUACUAUCAUUAUUUAGGGGUACUUUUGGUCAUAUUUAUUUUCUUUUUUUAGUAUUUCAGUGCAUCACUGAACCCAGAAAAUGUGACUUGAAAAAUCUGGAUUUAAAUUUGAUAGCUUGAAAGAGAAAUCUGUCAUCAGACAGGUUUCUUUCUUGCAGCAGUGGGAUGUGUGGAAAUCAGUCCACCUAGUCCUCCAUUCGGUCCCUUCUCCGGUAGUCCUCAACUUAUCGUCAUGUGGGAUGUACAGAAGUUUGUGUUAAAUGUACAUAGUAUGUAAUGUACCUAUCGUUUGUUGUAUGACAAGUUAUGUGAACAUGUGACGUACAGAUUUUGGGAGUGUUAGGUCUGUACAUACUGUAUGAUGUGCCAUUUGUUCGCUGCAUGAAGAAAUAAAUAUUUCUUUCAAUGGAUGUCAAUUAAACUCUUCAUAUACAGGAUUACUAAA